AACGGCAAGAAUUAAUGUGUUUGUUAUAUAGAUAAAUAGUAGAUAAUUUUAAAAUUUUGUAAAACAGUUUCGUGGAAAGUCGUAAGUAGUGCGUAACAGUGCGUAACAGCCAGCACUUCCUGGUGCAGUUUGAUAACCUCAAAUUGCUAUGUAGGUACUAGUUGUCAUUUGACAUUUCGAUACAUGACAUCAUAACUUCGUGAUUUAAUUACGUGUAACGUCAGUUUUGUAGUGUGUUAUGUAAACAAAGAAACAAGUACGUCUAUUAAUACAAUAGUAAGGGAGCUUCGUCCAAACAAAGAAAAUAAAAAAAUGAUUGAAAUAGCUUCAGAAAUAGGUUCAACAAAUAAUGAACCUGUACAUAUAAAAAUUGGGAGUGAAAAAGCUCCUCUAAUUCGUGAAAGAAAUGUUUUUCAUAGAUUAAGCAAUUUCUUUCGAAUCAGAAGAGCACACCAAGCAGAAGGAGAUGGAUAUGUUGAGUUUGGUAGCUUGGGUCCAGAUAUUGGGCGUACUUUGGGAACAUUUGCUGGUGUAUUCAGUCCUGUUACAUUAUCCAUGUUCAGUGCCUUAGUUUUUAUACGCAUGGGGUAUAUAGUGGGCAAUGCAGGAUUGCUUGUAACUUUGACCCAAUUUGUAAUUGCUUAUGGAAUUUUGGUAUUUACUGUAGCAUCUGUAUGUGCAAUUUCAACAAAUGGAGCAGUUGAAGGAGGUGGGGCUUACUUUAUGAUAAGUCGUACACUUGGACCUGAAUUUGGUGGUUCUAUUGGUACACUAUUUUUUAUGGCUAAUAUAGUAUCAAGUGCACUUUGCAUUUCUGGUUGUGCAGAAGGAUUAAUAGAAAAUUUUGGACCAUCUGGUUAUUUGGCUGGGCAAAGUGCUCUUAUUCCAGAUGGUAGAUGGUGGCGUUUUUUAUACUGUUCUGUACUAAACACUGCCAAUUUAGUAGUAUGUUUAAUAGGAGCAGCAAUGUUUGCAAAAACUAGUGUUGCCAUUUUGGCUGUUGUGUGUGUUUGCCUAUUAAGUGUUUUCAUAAGCUUUUUGGUUCAAGGAUACAUGGAGGUAGGAAUUCCAGAUGCAAAUACACUAGUUCAGAAUGCAACUGAACAUAUUAAUGGCACUUAUACAGGAUUGUUAUCAUCCACUCUUAUGAGUAACCUUUAUUCAAACUAUAGUAAAGAUUAUUCAAGCAAUGGGGUAAUGACUGAUUUUGCAAGUGUUUUUGGAGUAUUAUUUAGUGGUGUAACUGGUAUAAUGGCUGGAGCUAAUAUGAGUGGCGAAUUGAAAAAUCCAGGAAGAAACAUUCCACGUGGAACUUUAUCAGCAGUAUUGUUUACAUUUAUAUGUUAUAUUUUCUUAUCUAUUCUUACAGCUGCGACUACAAGUCGGUUUUUGUUGCAAAAUAAUUUUAUCUAUAUGAUGCCAAUUAAUAUCUGGCCACCAUUUGUAGCAGUUGGCAUUUUAACAGCAACAUUUAGUGCUGGUUUAAGUAACUUAAUAGGAUCAAGUAGAGUUCUAGAAGCGCUAGCAAAAGAUAACGUAUUCGGAUCUGGGCUGAAUUUUAUAGCACACGGAACAUGGAAAGGAAAUCCAAUUGCUGCAGUUCUGACUUCAUGGACCCUAGUUCAAAUAAUAUUACUUGUAGGUUCCUUGAACACAAUUGCUCAGAUUAAUUCAGUAUUGUUUCUAUUAAGCUAUUUGGCUACCAACUUGGCUUGUCUUGGACUCGAACUCGCAAGUGCUCCAAAUUUUAGGCCAACAUUUAAUUAUUUUACAUGGCAUACAGCCACAAUUGGACUUCUGGGAACAUUAAUAAUGAUGUUUGUGAUAAAUAGUAUUUAUGCUUCCAGUAGUAUAAUACUAUGUUUAAUAUUAAUCAUUGUUUUGCAUUUAUGUUCUCCAAGUAAGAAUGCUCCUUGGGGAAGUAUAUCACAAGCACUCAUAUUUCACCAAGUUAGAAAGUAUUUAUUAAUGUUAGAUUCGCGUAAAGACCACGUGAAAUUUUGGCGACCACAGAUGCUAUUAAUGGUAGCCUCUCCGCGUUCGGCAUGUCCACUUAUAGAUUUUGUAAAUGAUUUAAAAAAAGGAGGACUUUACGUAAUUGGGCAUGUGAAAGUUGGUGAAUUUUCGGGUCAAAAUGUUGAUCCUACCAUAGAAGAAUAUCCCCAUUGGCUCAGUUUGAUUGAUCACAUGAAAGUAAAAGCGUUCGUUGAAUUGACAAUUACAAAAACUGUACGCGAAGGACUGCAUCAUUUAAUUAGAUUAUCUGGAAUGGGAGCAAUGAAACCAAAUACAAUUGUUCUUGGUUUUUAUGAUGAAGAAGCACAAAUAGACUUCUUCACUAAUUCCCAAUACUCAACAGACAUGUUUGAAAAUAUUGCAACAUUUCCGAAUAGCACUGCAUUCCCAUUGAGGCAAACAAAUGCGGAGAAGAAUCUAGAUCCGGUGCAAUAUGUAGGAAUGUGUUCGGAUGUUCUGAAAAUGAAAAAAAAUUUAUGUUUAUGUAGAAACUUCCACAUAUUAAAUAAAUUACAAAUUACAAAAAACUCUAAUUUAAAGUAUAUCGAUGUAUGGCCUGUCAAUUUUUUCCAACCGACGGAUCAAGAUCCCUUUGAUACAACAUCAUUGUUUAUGCUUCAACUCGCAUGUAUCAUCAACAUGGUGCCUGCAUGGAAAAAUUUACACCUCAGAGUGUUCCACUGCGAAACAGACAGCAAUGCAAGUUUAAGUAUCUCAGAUUCGCAAAAUUCGAUCAGCGAAUAUCCAAGAAUUUCUAACGAGCAUCGCAUAAGGAAAUUAUUAAACAUGCUGAGAAUAUCUGCGUCCAUUCAUAAAAUUCCAAACUGGGGUGCACAGGUGCGCGGAUUAAAGGGUAGGUCGUUAAUUGAACCUAGAGCGGAAAGUCAAUAUGAAUCAGGCAUUGAAAGUAACGACGACGUCUUAAGCAAUGUUUCACGCUCGUACAUUUUGAGUGUUAAUCAACUAAUUCGACAGGAAUCUUCCCAAACCGCAACAACAUUCAUUUAUUUGCCUGCGCCACCAGCAUCAACUACGUGGGAUGAAAGUGUUAUGUAUCGUCAAUAUCUUCAACUGCUAACGGAAUUGACAGCUGAUCUACCACCUAUAGUAUUAGUGCAUGGGGUUAGUGCCGUCACAUCGACCACGCUAUAAUAAAAUGUACAUAUAGGAAAAGAAAUUUGCAUUGUAUAGCUUUGGUAAAAGAAGGUAUUAUUUAACGAGUAACUUAUUUAAUGAUAAAUUAGACAAAUUCUAGACAUAUUUUUUUAUAUAAUUUCAUCACAACUGUAAAGUUUUAUGACUAAUUACAUACUAAUAAUACUUUCUUACAACUAUAAGGAAACUUUAAUAUUAAAACAAAUAUAGUUUAUUGCUGUGAUAACGAAAUUAUUCUGUAAGAGAUUUUUCAGAAGCGAAUAUUUUUCAAGUAUAUAACAUAUCAUUAUUAAGACAUAUGUAUGUAAGCUUUAUCCCGACACAUUUCAUAUAUGAUACUAUUUCUAUACCAUCUUUUUUGUACUGCACUUAAUCACGAAAUAGGUAUAAAAUUAAAUAAAAGUUUUGUGAUGUUUAUA